CGUUGCCGAGUUGAUAGUCGCUAGCAGUGGCUGUCUGCUCUGAUCCCCCACGCAAAGCAACAAUCAAUAAGAAUCAAUAAUAGGCCAACAAUCUCGCUGCUUUAGUCAUCUGCACGACAUGGCAUCUGCAAGCUCUCCUGACCAAUCGCCGGCCGCAAGCCACGCAGGAGUGCUGUCCCCAGCCCAGCGCGUCGACGACUCUGGACGGUUCAUUAUGUUGGACGCCGCACCGCAUGAGCAUCAUCCAUCGCCCAUCGCCCAUCGUCUUGUUCCAGCACCGCCAGCAAACGGCCUGCCCGGUCGCUCCCUCGCGGUUAGCGCCUUCCGCUUGUCACCCUGGCUCUCUUUGCUUUUCUCUCGGUCUCCCAUCAACCACCAACCACCAACCAUCAAUCAUCAUUCAUCAAUCGAUCCUCGGCCCAUUGCCCCGUCGAUCCCGUCCUGCAGCCACGCCUCACCUCCAAGGCUGUCUGCCCCGUGGCUGAAGUGCGCGUUGUCACUGUUGACUGCCUGCAAGGGCCAGCCCUCCGUCUGCUAAACACUGCGGAUCGCUGCGUGGCUGUCGCUACCCGCUGGAUGAUACUUUUGUCCCCGUCUGCUUCCUUUCUUUUUCUUUAAUAGAUUUUCUCUUUCUCUUCUCCUUUUGCUGCAGCAGCAGCUUCCUAGCCUACAGCUCGCAUAUCCUAGCCUUUCUCUACGAAGCAAGUUCA